AUGAUGUCAUCGAAUAAAAUUCGUAAAUUAGAUGAAACAUUAAUUAAUCGUAUAGCUGCUGGUGAAGUUGUUGUUCGUCCAUGUUCAGCAAUUAAAGAAUUAAUUGAAAAUAGUUUAGAUGCUAGUUCACAUCAAAUACAUGUUUAUGUUAAACACGGUGGUCUUAAACGAACUGAAAUACGAGAUGACGAUUGUGAAAUUUUAAAAGAUGAUUUACCAUUACUUUGUGAACAUUCUGCUGCAUCCAAGUUAUCCUCAGUGGAUGAUUUCUAUCAAUUAAACACGUACGGAUUUCGUGUCGAAGCUUUGGCAAGUCUCAGUUAUGCAUCGCACUUAACAGUGAUAACUAAAGUUAAACAUAGUCCGUGUGCGUAUACGUGCACAUACGAAGAUGGAAAGAUAAAGAAUCAAGUUAAACCGUGUGCAGAAACAUUUAAUCAUCAACCAGACACGAAUAUCAGUAGCGAUGAUAUUGUUGCGUAUUGUUUGGAAUUUUUUAGCGAAAAAUCUGAAAUGCUAGCAGAUUAUUAUUCGCUGAGUGUUUCAUCCGAUGGUCGAUUAGAAACAUUACCAUUGUUAUUAGAAAAUUAUGUACCAAAUCUUGAUUAA